AUGGCUGCCAAUGCUCAGCAACCAUCUUGCCCCACCAGCACCACUCCUGACCCUGGCCUGAGCACUGAGGGCGAGGAGGAUGACCGGUUGCUGCCCGCCCUCAGCCAUGGCACCGUGGCCCUCUGCCUGCUCUACUACAUGCGCCUCCAGCGUGGUCGGCGCCUGCGCGAGGCCGCCCGACGCCAGCGUGCUGCUCGCCACCGCAGGACCCAGGCACGCUCACGACAACGAUUUGCCCUGCUUUGGCUGUGCCGGAUACUGGCAGGGAGCCCUGGUGUGGCAGGCUCGUGCCAAGAUGGUGGUGGUCAAGAUGGUGGCAGCCUGCCCAGGUUGCUGCGGGAGCGUCGCCUGUGGAGCAAAGCCCGCAGCUCGGCCUUCUGGGACAUCGUGCGGGUCAAAGCCUUCAGCCCGUGGGAGUGGGUCGAGAACUUCCGCGUCUCCCCCGCCACGUUUGACUACCUCUGCGCCCAGCUGCACGGCACCAUCCAGCGCCAGGACACCAACAUGCGUCGUGCCAUCCCGGCCGAUGUGCGCCUCGCCAUGACCCUCUGGCGCCUGGGUGCUUGCACCGAGUACCGAGCAGUGGAGCAGCUCUUUGGCGUCUCCCGAUCCACCGUCUGCAAGAUCUUGCGCGAUGUCUGCGAAGCCGUGGUGGGCAUCCUCACACCCGCUUACGUCUGUCCUCCGAACCCCGUGAAAGUGGCUGCCGGGAACGGCUUCCCUUUGCCCCAGUUGGCCGGCGUCUUGGGGUCCCUCCAUAUCCCCAUCCGGGCACCCAACGAAAAUGCUGCGGGCUACUACAACCGCCACGGCUGGCACUCAGUGGUGGUCCAGGCGGCCGUGGACUCCCGCGGGUGUUUUUGGGAUAUCAACGUCGGAUGCCCAGGAAGGGUGACGGACACCCAGGUGCUGUGGACGUCAGAGCUCUACCAGCGAGCCCAGGAGGGCAUGCUGUUCCCAGAGGGUUCCCAAGAAGUCAGUGGCGUCCAGGUGCCCCUUUAUUUGCUGGGUGGCUGCUCGUACCCCUUCCUGCCUUGGCUUAUGCGGCCCUAUCGGGGCAGGGACUUGACUCCUGUCCAGCAGCGGUUCAAUGAGUAUGCCGAGGCAGCACGGACGGUGGUUGGCGUGGCCUUUGGGCGCCUCCGGGGACGCUGGCGCUGCCUCACCAAGCGCAAUGACACAGACGUCUCCUUCCUGCCCACCCUCAUUGCUGCCUGCUGCACCCUCCACAACAUCUGUGAGGCGCGUGGGGAUGUCUUUCAAGCAUGCUGGAUGGAGGAAGAGGAAGGGAGUGGACUGCAGGAGGAACAUCCUUUCGAUGAUGGUGGGGAGGAAGAUGCUGAGGCGGCAGAAAUCCGGGAUGCCCUGGCGUCUGCACUGAGAGGGUGA